AUGUCUCACUCCCAUGCCGAGUUCGACGUUUCCCAGGAGCUUGGCUUGUCAGAUGGGGAGAAGCAAGAGACAGAUGGGGAAAAGCAAGAGACUCCUGCUGGUGCCGCAGCGCAUUCCCCUGCGUCACAGACUAGAGCCUGCCAUGGAGAGGAACAGCAGAAGGAAGAGGCGGACGGAGCCGAUGGGGCGGCUGAUGGGCGGACUGAUGGCAAGGUGGAGUUGAAGGAGACUGACUGCUAUGACAAACUGGGGUUCUCCUACCCAGUAUGGAAGAAAUGGCUGAUCCUGACAGUUGUCGUCAUGGUUCAGAUCUCCAUGAACUUCAAUGCCAGUUUCUACGCCAGCGGAAUCAGUCUGAUCUCUAAACACUUUAAGAUCUCAAAGCAAGCUGCAAGAGUGGGUCAAAUGGACUUCCUCAUUGCCUACGGAUUCGGUAGCGAAUUCUGGGCUCCCUGGAGUGAAGAAUAUGGGAGAUGGCCCGUCAUGCAAAUCAGUUUGUUCUUUGUGAAUAUAUGGCAACUGCCAUGUGCCCUGGCCCCCAAUUUUGGCUCCAUCGUGGUCGCCCGUGCGCUGGGUGGUCUGUCAUCUGCCGGUGGCUCCGUGACACUCGGUAUGGUUGCGGACAUGUGGGAACCAGACCAGCAACAGUACGCGGUGGCGUACAUUGUCUGGGCAUCGGUGGCAGGAUCAGUCCUUGCGCCCAUUGUGGGAGGCUUCGUGGCAACUUUUCUGGACUGGCAUUGGAACUUUUGGCUCCAGCUCAUCCUGGGUGGCUUCGUCCAAGCCGUGCACUUUUGGGUGCCGGAGACGCGCUGCACCAUUCUCGUGACGAGGGAAGCCAAACGGAGACGCAAGCAGGGCGAGAAUGUGUACAGUGGGGAUGAGCUCAAGGGCAAACGGAUUGACAUCAAGCACUUUGCAUCGGUCUGGGCUCGUCCGUUCAUCAUGUUUGUUCGGGAGCCCAUUGUGCUGUGGCUGUCCCUCCUCAGUGGCUUCAGUGACGCGUUGAUCUUCACUUUCCUGCAAUCCUACGAGCCGGUCUACAUGCAGUGGGGAUUCAAUACCAUCACAACUGGGUUGGCCUUCAUUCCGAUCAUGGUUGGAUACUUUCUGGCUUGGUUCUCCUUUCUGCCCUGGAUUCAUCGCCACUGCCGGGUGCUUGAACGGGAUCCUGACGCGCUCCAGCCCGAAGCCCGUCUAUACUGGCUGCUAUGGGUUGCUCCACUCUUGACGGUUGGUCUUUUUGGCUUCGCAUGGACCAGUCUAGGUCCGCCCCAUGUCCACUGGAUCGCGCCGAUGAUAUUCUCCAGCUGCAUCGCGAUAGCAAAUUAUUCCAUCUAUAUGGCCACGAUCGACUACAUGAUUGCCUCCUACGGACCAUACUCCGCCUCAGCAACCGGCGGCAACGCCCUAGCACGAGACUUCCUGGCAGGUAUCGCAGCCAUGUAUUCCGUUCCAAUGUACAAAAACAUGAGCGACUCACUCCCCCUCGAAUGGCCUUCCACCCUCCUCGGCUUCCUAUCCAUCAUCUUCAUCACCCCGAUUUACAUCUUCUAUUGGAACGGACCCAAGAUCCGUGAAAAGUCCAAAUUCGCCCAGAUUCUCGCGUCCGACAGGAAGAAGGCCGGACGUCGGGUCUCGCAGUGCGGUUCUGGCGAUGCCGGCCCCGAGGAGUACUACCUUGAUGCAUAA